UGCCUAUAUUCAUGGUUCUCAAUCCUAUGCACGGUCAACAAUCCUGUCAACGAAGCUAAAGGUUGAUCCAAUUCACAAAGUUGUUAUUAGGAGUGCGUGUAUUUUAAGUUCAACUCCUGUCCAGUUAUUCCACCGCCCAAACCAGUGUCAAAAAGUGGGUUUGUUUUGGUUCAAUUUUGAAUUCAACGGGACAAUUGACUAACUAGACCUGACCAGGGAGUUGGGAGGGGUUAGGGAGUAGGUGGGCAGAGUUUGGGUUAAUGGCUUGUCUCAAAGAAGACCCUAUUCCUGGAAGCAACGAUAUAAAGGAGGAUAGUGAAGAGACGGAGCCUAAAGAUAAGGUGAGAGAAGAGGGAGGAGUGAGAGAGAUGGUUCUGCCGGCUGGAAAUUCAAUUCACCGGUCCGGUUCUCGGCCGCAGCUUGACCUUAGUGGUGCAGCCAUUCAAGGGAACAAUUUUGAGGAAAGACAUCCAACAAUUCUCUUGCCCAAUCAGUCUGAUGAUAUAUCUCAUCUGGCUUUGGACAUUGGAGGAUCUCUCAUUAAGUUGGUGUAUUUUUCAAGACAUGAAGACCGGUCAAUUGAUGAUAAGAGGAAAAGGUCUAUCAAGGAGAGAUUGGGAGUUACAAAUGGUAAUAGGAGAAGCUACCCUAUUCUUGGUGGGAGGCUCCAUUUUGUGAAGUUUGAGACAAGCAAGAUUAAUGAAUGCUUGGACUUCAUUAAUUCUAAGCAGCUUCAUCGUGGCGGGAUGGACUCACGCCUUUGGCUUUCUGAGGCCCCACCCAGUGAUGAUGUCAUAAUUAAGGCCACAGGUGGUGGAGCACACAAGUUUGCAGAUCUCUUCAAAGAAAGGCUUGGGGUUAGUAUUGACAAAGAAGAUGAAAUGGAUUGUCUUGUGGCUGGAGCAAAUUUUUUACUUAAGGCAAUCCGUCAUGAAGCUUUCACACACAUGGAAGGUCAUAAAGAGUUUGUGCAGAUUGACCACAAUGAUCUAUUCCCUUAUCUUCUUGUUAACAUUGGCUCUGGUGUUAGCAUGAUUAAGGUUGAUGGGGAUGGGAAGUUUCAGCGGGUUAGUGGGACAAAUGUUGGUGGUGGUACUUAUUGGGGCUUGGGAAGGCUAUUAACAAAGUGUAAAAGUUUUGAUGAUUUGCUGGAACUAAGUCAACGAGGAGAUAAUAGGACCAUUGACAUGCUUGUUGGGGACAUCUACGGUGGCAUGGAUUACUCAAAAAUCGGUCUCUCUGCCUCGACCAUUGCCUCUAGUUUUGGCAAGACAAUUUCUGAAAACAAGGAGCUAGAAGACUACAGGCCUGAAGAUAUCUCCCUCUCCCUCUUGCGUAUGAUUUCAUAUAAUAUAGGGCAGAUAUCUUACUUGAAUGCACUUCGGUUUGGGCUUAAGAGAAUCUUUUUUGGAGGAUUUUUCAUAAGAGGUCAUGCUUAUACAAUGGAUACGAUCUCCUUUGCUGUUCAGUUCUGGUCAAAUGGGGAUGCCCAGGCAAUGUUUUUGCGGCAUGAAGGGUUCUUAGGAGCUUUAGGUGCAUUCAUGAGCUAUGAGAAGCAUGGUCUCGAUGACUUGAUGGUCCAUCAGUUAGUUGAAAGGUUCCCAAUGGGAGCGCCAUACAUAGGAGGAAGGAUUCAUGGUCCACCACUUGGGGAUUUGAAUGAAAAGAUUUCAUGGAUGGAAAAGUUUGUGCAGAAGGGAACUGAGAUCACUGCUCCUGUACCAAUGGCCCCAUCUGGAACCACUGGCCUUGGAGGCUUUGAAGUUCCUUCAUCAAAAGGAGACACCCUACGUUCUGAUGCAAGUGCUUUAAAUAUUGGGGUGCUCCAUCUUGUACCAACUUUGGAGGUCUUUCCAUUAUUAGCAGACCCAAAAAUGUAUGAGCCCAACACUAUUGAUCUUGCAGACCCCAGUGAACUGGAGUAUUGGUUCACUGUGCUGUCAGAGCAUUUGCCAGACCUUGUUGAUAAGGCAGUGGCAAGUGAAGGUGGAACGGAUGAUGCUAAAAGAAGGGGUGAUGCUUUUGCUCGUGCAUUUUCUGCCCACCUGGCAAGAUUGAUGGAAGAGCCUGCUGCUUAUGGAAAGUUGGGCCUGGCUAACCUUUUGGAACUAAGGGAAGAGUGCUUGAGAGAGUUCCAUUUUGUUGACGCCUAUAGAAGCAUAAAACAAAGGGAAAAUGAGGCUUCACUUGCUGUUUUGCCUGAUCUUCUAAUGGAGAUUGAUAGUAUGAAUGAGGAAACAAGACUGCUUACCCUAAUUGAAGGUGUUCUUGCUGCCAACAUCUUUGACUGGGGAUCCCGUGCCUGUGUGGAUCUCUAUCAUAAAGGAACAAUUAUUGAAAUUUAUAGAAUGAGUCGUAAAAAGAUGCAAAGGCCUUGGCGGGUGGAUGACUUUGACAUCUUUGAGGAGAGAAUGUUGGGGUCUGAAGACAAGAAGCCUCGCCCACAUAAAAGGGCAUUACUCUUUGUUGACAACUCAGGUGCUGAUGUCAUUCUAGGAAUGCUUCCCCUAGCACGGGAACUUCUUAGACGUGGAACUGAGGUAGUAUUGGUUGCAAACUCCCUUCCUGCACUAAAUGAUGUCACCGCAAUGGAGCUUCCUGACAUUGUGGCUGAGGCUGCCAAGCAUUGUGACAUUCUCCGUAGAGCUGCUGAAGCAGGGGGUCUACUUGUGGAUGCAAUGGUCAACAUCCAAGACGGUUCUAAAGAUAGUUUGUCUUCAGUUCCUUUGAUGGUUGUUGAGAAUGGGUGUGGAAGUCCUUGCAUAGACUUAAGGCAGGUCAGCUCUGAGCUAGCUGCUGCAGCAAAAGAGGCUGAUUUGAUUAUCUUGGAAGGGAUGGGCCGAGCUCUUCAUACCAACUUCAAUGCUCGGUUUAAAUGUGAUGCUCUUAAGCUUGCAAUGGUGAAGAAUCAGAGGUUGGCAGAAAAAUUGAUCAAAGGAAACAUUUAUGACUGUGUUUGCCGAUAUGAACCAGCCCCUUGAAAGCUUCCAGUCCCUUGAUUCCAACAAUUGGCUUCUGUUCUCACCAUUUCCAUCGUGGACUCACAAAUUGAGAGGGCACAGCCCAGAAUUGGGACUAUACAGAAUAAAAAGAAAGCUCCACAUAAACCUAUAGAUUUGUGGUUUCCUUUCAUUUAGAUCGUGUCGGGGGCUGAAACAUUGUACCUUCAAAUUGAGCCCUUUCAACACCCUAUACCCAAUUACAGAACAUAGCAACUUGUACUUCUUUUUCUUUCCAGAGAAAAUGAAUGAUUAGGAAAUUCACAUCA